CCAGGGCGGGGCUCUUCACCGGGUCCGGCAGCUGAAGCUCGGCGCUCGGGUUACCUCUGCAGCGACGCCCCCUGGUCCCGCCGCUGUCGCCACCGCCGCUCCCGCCCCUCAGCUCCUCGGCCGCGCCAUGGGCACCCGCGACGACGAGUACGACUACCUCUUUAAAGUUGUCCUUAUUGGCGAUUCUGGUGUUGGAAAGAGUAACCUCCUGUCUCGAUUUACUCGAAAUGAGUUCAACCUGGAAAGCAAGAGUACCAUUGGAGUAGAGUUUGCAACGAGAAGCAUCCAGGUUGAUGGGAAGACAAUAAAGGCACAGAUAUGGGACACAGCAGGGCAGGAGCGAUACAGGGCUAUAACAUCUGCAUACUAUCGUGGAGCAGUAGGUGCCUUAUUGGUUUAUGACAUUGCUAAGCAUCUCACAUAUGAAAAUGUAGAGCGAUGGCUGAAAGAACUGAGAGACCAUGCUGAUAGCAACAUUGUUAUCAUGCUUGUGGGCAAUAAGAGUGAUUUACGCCAUCUCAGGGCAGUUCCUACCGAUGAAGCAAGAGCUUUUGCAGAGAAGAAUGGUUUGUCGUUCAUUGAGACAUCUGCUCUAGAUUCUACAAACGUUGAAGCUGCUUUUCAGACAAUUCUGACAGAGAUCUAUCGCAUUGUUUCUCAGAAGCAAAUGUCAGACAGACGUGAAAAUGACAUGUCUCCAAGCAACAACGUGGUUCCUAUUCAUGUUCCACCUACCACUGAAAACAAGCCAAAGGUGCAGUGCUGUCAGAACAUCUAAGGCGUCUCUCUCCCCUAGAAGGCUGUGUAUAGUCCAUUUCCCAGGUCUGAGAUUUAAAUAUAUUUGUAAUUCUUGUGGUCACUUUCUGUGUCUUAUUACUUCCUCACACUUAAGAAUCUUCUCAUGUCUUAAGUCUUUUGAUUUUGGCUUUAUAAAAUCAUCAACUUUGUCCUGAAUGACUGCAGUUCUUUUUCAUGCUAUGGCUUCUCUAGCCUUAGUUUAAUAAACUGAAUGUUUGAAUUCCUCA